UCCUCCGCGGCUUCCGGUGCAGCGUUGGGGCAGUAGGAGCGCGCGGUGUUAUGGACCGUAACCCGUCGCCGCCACCCCCGAAUCGGGAAGAUGAGGAUGCCGAGGUGGCCGGGGUAGACUGCAUCGGGAGCACCGUCUACAGCAAGCACUGGCUCUUCGGUGUCCUCUCCGGGCUCAUCCAGGUUGUUACACCUGAAAACACCAACUCCAACCCAGAUGGUGAGGAGCAGCAGAUGGAGCUUGAUGAAGAAAUGGAGAAUGAAAUUUGCAAAGUAUGGGAUAUGUCAAUGGAUGAGGAUGUGGCCUUAUUUCUGCAAGAAUUUAAUGCUCCUGACAUAUUUAUGGGAGUACUGGCCAAGUCCAAGUGUCCUCGAUUAAGAGAAAUCUGUGUGGGAAUUUUAGGUAAUAUGGCCUGCUUCCAGGAGAUAUGUGUGUCCAUCAGCAGUGAUAAAAAUCUUGGGCAGGUGUUACUGCACUGUUUGUAUGAUUCAGACCCGCCUACUCUGCUGGAGACAAGCAGGUUGUUGCUUACUUGCCUUUCCCAGACAGAAGUGGCCAGUGUCUGGGUUGAAAGGAUCCGGGAAUAUCCAGCUAUUUUUGAUAGCAUUUGUUUCAUCAUGUCAAGUUCAACAAAUGCUGACUUGCUGGUGAAGGUGGGGGAGGUUGUGGAUAAGCUCUUUGAUUUGGACGAGAAACUAAUGUUGGAAUGGAUUAGAAAUGGGGCUGCUCUGCCUCUGGACCAACCGCAGGAAGAUUCUGAAGAGCAGCCGGUGUUUAAGAUCGUGCCCUGUGUCCUGGAAGCUGCCAAACAAGUACGUUCUGAAAACCCAGAAGGGCUUGAUGUUUACAUGCAUAUCUUACAGCUGCUGACCACAGUGGAUGACGGAGUUCAAGCAAUCGUACAGUGUCCUGAUACUGGGAAAGACACUUGGAAUUUACUUUUUGACCUGGUCUGCCAUGAAUUCUGCCAGUCGGACGACCCGCCCAUCAUCCUACAAGAACAGAAAACGGUGCUGGCCUCUGUUUAUUCCGUGUUGUCGGCCAUCUAUGCUUCGCAGGCCGAACAGGAAUACCUAAAGGCAGGAAAAGUUGAUCUUCCUCUAAUUGACAGCCUAAUUCGGGUGUUAGAAAAUGUGGAACAUUGUCAGAAGAAAUCAGAAAACUCAACAGAGUCUAACCCAGAAGGAACUCAAAAGCCUGAUUUAACCCAAGAUGACUUCCACUUGAAAAUCUUAAAAGAUAUUUCGUGUGAAUUUCUUUCUAAUAUUUUGCAGGCAUUAACAAAGGAGACCGUGGCUCAGGGACUAAAGGAGGGCCAAUUAAACAAACAGAAAUGUUCCUGUGCAUUUCAAAACCUGCUUCCUUUCUAUAACCCUGUGGUGGAAGACUUUAUUAAAAUCCUGCAUGAAGUGGACAAGGCCUUUGCUGGUGACCUGGAGGAAAGCUUCCCGAGUUUGAAGGUUCAGACUUAACAACUGAGUUGGAAUUUGUUCUGUCCAAGAAAUAAACUGCUUUUUUAGAAGUUGAA